GCUGCAUUAUGGGAGGGUGAGUCUCGCCUGCCGGACGCGCAGGCGCUGGCAGAACCCGGCGGAACUACAACUCCCGGCAUACCCCGCCGGGCCGGCCCUCCCGUGACGUCUGCCAUGUCAUCCCGUACGGUAAAUAAGCCGAAGUUCAGAGCGAUCAGCUGAUUCACGGUGUCAGGAGUCAGCGGGGACCUGACCCGGGAGCAACGAGAACACCCCCUAACCCCGCUACACAGCCCUCUCCGUGCUUCCUCCUACUCCCGGGAAACGCUUCGUGCUCCGUUUGUGACAGCGGGACAGCCCUGGCCGAGGAGCUGCGGUGCGAUCCCUGAGUCACUGCCGGCUUGUGCGGUAAACAAUAGGUGUCCGCAGCGUAUCCCAGACCCCUCCUGGACCCGGGUCUGCCUUGAGCUCCGUGCAGAGCGGCCAACACUAAUAAACCUGCCCCGGCCUCCUGCACCGGAUCCUCUGCUGUCUCUCUGCGCUAACCCAGCUACUACUGGAUCUUCCUCACUGUCUGGAUCAGGGAUCCUGCAAGAUUCCCUUCUAUGUGUAUCUGGAUUAGUGGAUCUCUUAGUUGUGUGUGUGUGUGUCUGAAUCCGUGCUCCCAUAAAAUUCCCCUGUGUUUCUGGAUCCAUAAGAUCCCUCUGUAUGUUUGGUUCAGUGAUCCCUGUGUGUUUGUGUGUGCUUGGCUCGGUGAUCCCAUAAGAUCCCUGUUUGUGUGUUUGGAUCGUUGAUUCCUGUGUGUUUGUCCGGAUAGUGAUCCCUUAAGAUUCCUGUGUGUUUGGAUCAGUGUUCCCUUAAGAUCCCAAUGUGUGUUUGUGUGUCUGGAUCAGUGAUCUGUGUGUUUGCAUCCGUGGCGCCAUAAGAUCUGUGUAUUUGGCUCCUCUACGGAAUAUCCUAGAUGAUUUAGAUCGAUAACCUCAAAAUCCGGUGUCCUCUAAAGAUCAUUUGUUCACUGGGAGCAGCAUCUGAUGACAUCCGUGUUUAUUUUGAGCUGUAAUGUAAAAAUACUGUUACUAUAACUGGAGCAGCGUAGCUGGAAAGGCAGUGCCAUGGUAGAUGACUUAUUUUCAAAUCUAUGAACCUGUAUUGAAAAAGAUCUCUUGUCAGAUGUCACCUGGGCUACCUGCUGCUGCGUCCUGUCCCUCUUCAAUAUCGUAAUAUCCCGGCUAUGCUAAUGAUUUUCCCACCUUGGCCUUAGAAGACCUACUCAUCCCUGCAAAAUAUUUUUUUUUAUUCUCCUUCAGCACUUUGCCUAUUUAUAUUUGAGAGAACAGUUCUGGAAGGCAGGCAGAUUAUUAUUUGUCUUCGUGUUCACGUGAGAAUAACAGCCAGUGACACAUCUGCUUUCAUAACAGGAAAUAGCAUCUCAGGAAGCAAUACUGCUGUUUACAUUUUCUUAGCAGGUAUUCAUAUACUUAUGUGCCUGUUGCUUCAUUUUAUUUAUUUUUUAUCUUGGAAGCAUUGUAUCAUUCUGUUGAUCAAGCCUAGUCUAUAAUUUUUCUGAAAAUUUUCCCAUCUUUCAACUCUUCUGUAGAAUUCAAUGGUAGUUUCGCAGGCAGACGUUUAAUAUUUCAAAGGCAUUUUAUAAUGCAGUGUUUCAGACUGCAAGGCAUACCCCAUUAAGUCUAAUAGGCGUCCCCUGUCUAUGUUUUUGGAAGUCCUGCAUAAGUCUUUUUAAUAAGCAAACAGUGUAACAAAUGUCUGACAGUGUAUAUAUAUGUGUAUAUAUAGUGCUAUAAAAAUAUUUUUGGGGUUUUAAAGUAGAUCAAGACAUAUAUAUUUUUUUUAUUUUGCAAAAUUAAUUAGGUCUUAAGUAAACGUAACCUCUGUCCUUAAAUAGCGAUCUGCAAGGAAUUUGUGCUGUACCUAGAAAAUGAGCAGCCAGGGGCCAGCAGUUGAUAAAACUAUGGCUGCUGGUUUAAUGUGCCAAGAGAAUUUUGCAUGUUCCGGCAGUGAUGAAGCGGUGUUUGAGUGUGAUGAGUGUAAUACAAUACAGUGUCCGCGAUGUGAGGAAGUUCUACACAAGCAAGAGAGACUUCAGAACCAUGAGCGGACCCGGCUACUACCUGGUUAUGUCCCUUACUGCUCCUCUUGCAAAGGAACAAGUGCCAUGCACAAUAACACAAAUGGAACUAGACAGCGGGCAGCCGUACGGUGUCUCACCUGUAAAAUGGACUUUUGUGCUGAAUGUCAAAAGCGUAAUCACUCUGGAGGGAACAAGAGAAAACAUCCAUUAUCUUUUUACCAAACCGCCAAGAGCCCAGAGCCCCAGGAUGACACGAAGGUGGACGAGGAGACCCAGAAAAAGAAGAUGACGGAGAAAGUGGUCAGUUUUCUUCUGGUGGAUAAAACGGAAGAGAUUCAGGUGGAAGGUGAAGAUGAUUUCCUGAAGAAACUGUAUUGCAACCCAGAAGAUUUGCUGAAAGUUGUCUCAAUUUUCGGAAACACAGGUGAUGGCAAAUCCCAUACGCUUAACCACACUUUCUUCUAUGGACGUGAAGUCUUUAAAACCUCUCCCGCUCAGGAGUCUUGCACAGUUGGUGUCUGGGCAGCGCUUGAUCCCGUCCAUAAAGUUGUUGUCAUUGACACAGAAGGAUUGCUUGGAGCCACUGUCAAUCUGAGUCAGAGAACGAGGUUGUUGCUGAAAGUCUUGGCCAUUUCAGAUCUUGUUAUCUAUAGAACUCAUGCUGAUCGUUUGCACAAUGACCUCUUUAAGUUUCUUGGUGAUGCCUCUGAAGCCUACUUGAAACAUUUUACUAAGGAGCUGAAAGCCACUACUGCACGCUGUGGGUUAGAUGUGCCACUUUCCACGUUGGGGCCUGGCGUCAUCAUCUUUCACGAGACUGUACACACCAAGCUGCUGGGAUCAGAAAAGGCCUCUGAAAUACCAGAGAAGGUGAUUCAGGACAGAUUCCGUAGACUUGGCCGUUUCCCAGAAGCCUUCAGCUCUAUACAUUACAAGGGGACUCGCACCUAUAACCCACCGACAGAUUUCUCAGGCCUUAGACGUGCGGUAGAACAGCAGCUGGAGAACAACACCACGCGCUCAUCUCGUCACCCCGGUGUCAUCUACAAGGCUCUGAAGGCCCUGAGUGAUCGCUUUAGUGGGGAGAUACCAGAUGACCAAAUGACGCACAGCUGUUUCUUCCCUGAUGAGUAUUUCACCUGUUCCUCACUGUGUCUCAGCUGUGGAGCAGGGUGCAGGAACAGCAUGAAUCACUCCAAGGAAGGACUUCCGCAUGAGGCCCUGAAACGCUGCCGCUACUCCCACCAGUUUGACAAUCGAGUGUUCACAUGUAAGGCUUGUUAUGAAAGUGGGAAGGAGGUGAAUGUGGUUCCCAAAACCUCUGCUUCCACAGACUCCCCCUGGCUUGGCCUCGCCAAGUAUGCCUGGUCUGGAUAUGUAAUCGAGUGCCCAACCUGUGGGGUGAUCUACCGCAGCCGCCAAUACUGGUUUGGAAACCAGGAUCCAGUGGACACUGUUGUGCGCACAGAGAUACAGCAUGUCUGGCCUGGAUCAGAUGGAUUCUUAAAGGAUAAUAACAAUGCAGCGCAACGUCUUCUAGAUGGUAUGAAUUUCAUGGCACAGUCUGUGACUGAAUUAAGCAUUGGACCCACCAAAGCCGUCACAUCCUGGUUGACUGAUCAGAUUGCCCCAGCUUACUGGAAACCUAACUCCCAGAUUUUGGAAUGUACAAAGUGCCGAACCCCUUUUAAAGAUAAUGACAACAAACAUCACUGCCGGGCCUGCGGAGAGGGUUUCUGUGACAGCUGCUCGUCCAAAAGCCGCCCGGUGCCUGAGCGAGGCUGGGGCCUGUCCCCAGUGCGUGUCUGUGACUGCUGCUAUGAUCUGAGAGGCAUCCAAAGUGUAGUUCCUGAUGCCACUGAAGAUGAGGAGGGCGGCACUCUGAUGGCGAGGAAGGUCGGGGAGGCUGUACAGAACACAUUAGGGGCAGUGGCCACAGCCAUUGACAUUCCUCUAGGGCUUAUGAAGGAUGCUGCAAGACCUACAUACUGGAUUCCAGACCACGAGAUCACACAUUGCUACAACUGCAAGAGAGAAUUUAACGUCAAGCUCUCUAAGCACCACUGCCGAGCCUGUGGCCAGGGUUUCUGUGGUGACUGUUCCAGCGAUAGACGACCGGUCCCCUCCAGAGGCUGGGAUCACCCUGUCCGUGUCUGCAUUCUCUGCAAUAAGAAACCUGGUGAUCUAUAACCCUCUAUUGCCGUCACCAUCUUUUUACAAUUCAAUACCUACUCAGGGCCAGAUCAUAACGGAACCGCUCUUCAUCCAUAGGCCUCUUUGCCAGUGCAUGCUCUGACCUGUCGGCUGUGGUCUCAUUAUUAUAUCAUCCUGUUAAACAAAAUGGCACCACAUCUCUGUUUAGGAGACCAAACAGCAUAUAAUCUGCACUUUGUAAUAUUGGAAUAAAAACAUUCAGAAGAA